AUGCAAUUGACUAUAGUAAGAAUUAUAAGAUUAGAAGUGGAAGAAAAUGAGAUGAAUUUAUCGGUGAAUCAAGACGCGGACGCGACGUUGAAGCAUUUCCAAGAGUGGCAAUACACCAUGAAUCCUGGCGACGAUUCUCACCCAAAUCACCACGAUUGUGCGAUUCUCAUUAGCAAGUUAGAUAUCUGUCUCUCGAAGAACCUCUGCGGUUUCACCGGAACAUCCACGAUUGCUGGUACGUGUGAGCCUUUGAGAGGCGCGGCCGUUGUCAGAGAUGCUGGUCUGCUAACCGGUUAUCAUAUAGCUCAUCAGAUCGGCCACACGUAA